ACCUGCACUGGUGAAGAGUAUACUGCGAUCGCCUAAGGAUAGGGAUCCGCUGAACGUGCCCGGGGUGUACAAGAUUCCGUGUGACUGUGGUAGAUCAUACAUCGGUGAGACUCGCCGUAACAUCACCACAAGGGUAAAAGAACACAUACGGAGCAUGAAGAAUGUGGACACGGACGGUUCAGCAAUAGCCGAGCAUGUUUUAGCUUCGGGUACGACUCAUUAUAUCCGUUUUGAUAAGGCUUCUGUAUUGUCAAGGGAAAAGUUUCUAGUACCUCGUAAGAUACGUGAAGCGAUAGAAAUUAGUCGUCACCCGAAUUUUAAUCGGGAUCAUGGAUGGUUGCUGCCCACAGCGUGGAAACCGCUAUUUCUUUCAAUGUCACAUACAACAAACUUGGAACAAGAUAGCAUUAGUUCGGUUUGCUUACAAGAAGACGAGUCUAAUGAAGAUGACAUUAAUGAACCCUCAUGACUAAGGGCCCCGUAUGGGUUCGAAACUAGUCGGGCAUACUCCGACGUAAUAUCACGUGAGUUUUAGCCGUGUUUCAUAAUCAAUUAAUAUGAAUAACACUCACGAUAGUUUAAAUUCUAAAAUAGCCAACCGAUACGGCGUGGUAUGGCAAAAUAAAGUGAAACAGUUCGCGCGUCUUAGAUCUAAACGUGUAAAAUUGGAGUGUGGACUGAGGUUUAUAGUGCAGUGCCGAAAUAAUCAUGUUGUUCCAAAAUUUGCGCGUAUUAAACCUGUGAAGUGUUUUAUGGAUUACGAAAGUUUCUUUCACACCGCCAAUCAGAAGUUGUUACGACGGGUCAUAAGGGACUAUCACUGUAAGAUAACACAAAUUAAUAAUACCUUGUAUGAAUUACAUCUUCAGUUAACGGGAAUUUUGGAUCAAGAUUUGUGGGAUGCCGUGGAUACUAUGACAUAUAAUAGGUCUAAUAACAUACGGCGUAGUUCUGAGUACGUACAUAAUAAGAAGCUAGAAUAUUUAACAGCUGAUAGUAGAACAAAAGCCAAUAAGCAACAUCAUUUAUGUGACUACCCGCGAUGUACUACACAAAGUGACGCAGCAGUGAUUAAUCUAUCUUCGGUAACGUUAAACGAAAACGGUCUUAAUGCCUUGGGCAAAGGGUUGAAUUUUGCUCUAACACCUAGAAACAUACCUAUGGAAUCAAUUGUGUGUAGUAUUGAAGACGCAAUAUUUCGUAAUAAAAUUCCAACGCGUGAUGCAGAAUGCUUACGACAGGACAUAGCUACGUUUUUACGUCGAGCAAAGUUACCGCCGUCGAAUAUGAGCAGGAGUGACAGAGCGGCGUUAAUGGAAAUUCGUAAUAAUGAGGAUAUUUUGAUACUGCCUGCAGACAAAGGUAAUGCCACCGUGAUUGUGGAUACGGAUGCUUAUGAAAAUAAGAUUAACCAUUUGUUAUCGGAUACCACUACAUAUAAAAAAUUAAAUCAUAAUCCCACAACCCGGAAUACAAAUAAAAUUAUUAAACUUUUGCAGUCCAUUAAUGAUAAAAAUUUGCUUACAAAGUUACGGCCCUGCAACCCCACUUCACCUAAAAUCUAUGGUUUACCCAAAAUUCACAAGCCAGACUGGCCUUUGAGACCUAUUGUCAGUCAGAUUGAUUCACCCACAUACAUGGCAUCAAAACAUCUCGCGACGUUACUCAAACCGUUUACAGGCAAUACCAGUAGUUUUGUUAAAGACUCGAAACACUUCGUUCGUAUAAUUAAAAAUGAAAUUAUUAGUGACUCAGAGAUUAUGGUGAGUUUUGAUGUGGAGUCCUUGUUUACGAAUGUUCCUGUGGAAGAAGUAAUUUCAUUAAUUAAGGGUUUCAUAACGGAUUCAAAACUACCAUCGGCUUACUUGGAUUUGAGUGAGUUUUGUCUUAAAAGUGGUUAUUUUAUGUGGCGAGGUGACUAUUAUAGCCAAAUAGACGGUGUUGCCAUGGGGUCGCCGAUUGCACCUGUAGUGGCCAAUAUAUUUAUGGAGUGGGUGGAACGCGAGUUGGUCGAUAAAAUGACGUAUAGACCGCGUUUUUGGCUGCGUUAUGUGGAUGAUGUGUUUGCCAUUGUAAACAGGGAUGAUUUGGCCAUAAUAUUCCAGUGUCUCAACAGUCUACAUGAGAAGGUUCAUUUUACGAAAGAGGAAGAAAAAGAGGGCGGUCUGCCAUUUUUAGACGUGAUGGUGAUCCGGGGGUCUGGUGGUGAAUUACAUACAACGGUGUACCGAAAACCGACUCACACCAACAGAUAUCUCCAUGCGAGUUCGCACCACCAUCCGUCGCAGAUAUCGUCGGUACCAAGAAGCCUCAUAAAUCGAGCCCUAAGUCUUUGUGACCCACCCUAUAUUGAGUGUGAACUAAGAGUGGUGAGACAGGCGCUGGAGAACAAUGGCUAUAGUUGGCGUCAGAGUUCCAGAUGGGCACAAACAACAACUAGGCGGAAACCGUCCUGUGUGAACCGGUCACCAGUGUACUUAACAUAUGUGAAGGGCGUGACGGACAAAAUCAGCCACUAUCUCCAACGGAGAUUUGACAUAGUGACGCGGUUUCGUCCACCUGCACUGGUGAAGAGUAUACUGCGAUCGCCUAAGGAUAGGGAUCCGCUGAACGUGCCCGGGGUGUACAAGAUUCACAGACACCCGAAUUUUAAUCGGGAUCAUGGAUGGUUGCUGCCCACAGCGUGGAAACCGCUAUUUCUUUCAAUGUCACAUACAACAAACUUGGAACAAGAUAGCAUUAGUUCGGUUUGCUUACAAGAAGACGAGUCUAAUGAAGAUGACAUUAAUGAACCGUCGGAGAGUGUAACGGAACCUUCACUCCCCACCACUCAACCCCUCUCCGCGCGCGCAAUGCGUGCAGCAGCGCGUCGCGCAGCCGCUUCGCAGUUUGGAUCGUGCCGCGAUGCAAGAACCAGCUCAUGACUAAGGGCCCCGUAUGGGUUCGAAACUAGUCGGGCAUACUCCGACGUAAUAUCACGUGAGUUUUAGCCUUGUUUCAUAAUCAAUU